AUGACUUCUACCCACGUUGACUUCACCCGCAAAGACACUUUGGCCGUUAUCACUCUCAACCGGCCCGAGGCCCGCAACGCCCUGACCCCGGAUAUGGUGGCUGACCUGGGGCAGGCUAUUAAGGAUUGUGCGCGACCGGAGAUUCGGGCGGUAAUGCUGACGGGUACGGCGGGGUCAUUCUGCGCCGGGGCCGACGUGAAGGAUUUUGUCGAAAACCUGGAGGAAGGGGGGCCGGAAGGACUUUCCCAGCACCUGCAUAAUCUGGCGGAUUCUCUUCAUCGGAACAUAAUCAUGGGCAUACGGCAAUUGGAGAAGCCGGUUAUUGCCGCAGUUAACGGUGUUGCUGCCGGGGCCGGUUUCAGCCUGGCUCUGUGCUGCGACCUGCGGGUUGCUUCGUCGGACGCUCGCUUUAUCAUGGCCUACGCCGGUAUUGGCUGCACCGCCGACGGGGGUUCCACCUAUAUGUUGCCCCGGCUGGUGGGCCUCAGCAAGGCCAUGGAAAUCUACAUGGCCAGACAGCCCAUCGGCGCCGAGUACGCCAGGGAAUUGGGGCUGGUGAACCAGGUGUGCCCAUCGGAGGGUUUCGAGCGCCACGCAUUGGAAAUGGCAACGCAACUGGCGCAGGGUCCUACCCUGGCCUACGGACGGGUCAAGACCCUGUUCGAUAAUUCCUGGGCCGCGGGCCUGGAAGAGCAACUGGACGCGGAGACCGAGGCCAUCAGCAAGAUAGUCUUCACCGGCGACUUUCAGGAAGGGGUCAAGGCCUUCACCCAGAAGCGCAUGCCUUGGUUCCAGGGGAGGUAG